GGUCGGGCCGGGCCCGGCAGGUUCCGCGAGCUCCCGGCAGACUGAGGGAGAGAGAGAGAGAAAGAGACAGACAGAAAGAGGAGGGGAGGAGGAGGAUUCAGGGAAUAGGAGCUGGGGAACCCAUCUGCGCCACAGGAUAAAUUCCAGAAGUGGAUUUACUGGAUAAAAGGGUAAUUAGAAGUCCUCUGGUAGAUGUUUUUCCAACAGUCGAGGGAGAAGUCAGUUGGUCUCUAGAUCUUGAUUCCUCUUCAAUUCCUGUUUACCAGUCAAGACUUCUAUUUGGUGAAAUCUGUUGUAUUGAGCUGGUGUCAUCUUUGAACCAUAACAAAAACAUGCAUUUUCAAGUAUCAAACAGAUUUGUGGAUUAGUAAAGUUCUUCUGAAAGGAAGUUCCUUUUGGUGAUACUGUCCAGUUUCUACAAUGUAUCAUUCCUUAUCUGAAACUAGACAUCCUCUGCAGCCGGAAGAACAAGAAGUAGGCAUUGACCCCUUGUCCAGUUAUUCAAACAAGUCUGGAGGAUAUUCAAAUAAAAAUGGAAGAAGAACAAGUUCUACCUUAGACUCUGAGGGGACUUUUAAUUCAUAUAGGAAAGAAUGGGAAGAACUAUUUGUAAACAACAAUUACUUGGCAACAAUAAGGCAGAAAGGGAUUAAUGGGCAGCUGAGAAGCAGCAGGUUCCGCAGUAUUUGCUGGAAGCUGUUUCUUUGUGUUAUUCCUCAAGAUAAAAGUCAAUGGAUAAGUAGAGUUAAAGAGUUAAGAGCAUGGUACAGCAACAUUAAAGAAGUACAUAUCACAAACCCAAGGAAGGUUGUUGGCCAACAAGAUUUGAUGAUCAACAAUCCCCUUUCACAGGAUGAAGGGAGUCUUUGGAAUAAAUUUUUCCAAGACAAAGAACUACGAUCAAUGAUUGAACAAGAUGUCAGAAGAACGUUUCCCGAAAUGCAGUUUUUCCAACAAGAAAAUGUGAGAAAGAUUCUUACAGAUGUUCUUUUCUGUUAUGCUAGAGAAAACGAGCAGUUGCUUUAUAAACAGGGUAUGCACGAGCUAUUAGCCCCCAUAGUCUUCAUCCUUCAUUGUGACCACCAAGCUUUUCUACAUGCCAGUGAGUCUGCACAGCCAAGCGAGGAAAUGAAAACCCUCUUGAACCCUGAGUAUCUGGAACAUGAUGCCUAUGCAAUGUUCUCACAACUGAUGGAAACUGCUGAACCUUGGUUUUCCACUUUUGAGCAUGAUGGUCAAAAGGGGAAAGAAACUCUGAUGCCUCCCAUCCCCUUUGCCCGGCCCCAGGAUUUAGGACCAACAGUUGCUAUUGUUACUAAAGUCAAUCAGAUCCAGGAUCAUCUACUGAAGAAGCAUGAUAUUGAGCUCUAUAUGCACUUGAACAGACUGGAAAUUGCACCACAGAUAUAUGGAUUACGGUGGGUGCGGCUACUGUUUGGCAGAGAGUUCCCUCUGCAGGACCUCCUGGUGGUCUGGGAUGCCUUGUUUGCAGAUGGCCUCAGCCUGAGUUUAGUGGACUAUAUCUUCAUAGCCAUGUUACUCUACAUUCGAGAUGCUUUGAUCUCUAGUAACUACCAGACCUGUCUUGGCCUUCUGAUGCAUUAUCCACUCAUCGGGGAUGUGCACUCACUGAUUCUUAAGGCUCUGUUUCUUAGAGACCCAAAGAAAAAUCCAAGACCAGUGACUUAUCAGUUCCAUCCCAAUCUAGAUUAUUACAAAGCACGGGGAGCAGACCUUAUGAACAAAAGCCGGACCAAUGCCAAAGGUGCUCCCCUGAAUAUAAAUAAAGUUUCUAAUAGCCUGAUUAAUUUUGGAAGAAAGCUGAUUUCCCCAGCAAUGGCCCCAGGCAGUACAGGUGGUCCUGUACCUGGGAGUAACAGUGGCAACUCCUCCUCUGCUGCUUUCCCCACCAGGACCUCAGCAGAAGCCUUGAGGCAUCAUUUGCAACCGCAGCAGCAGCAGCAGCAGCAGCAGCAGCGGCUGAUGAAAUCCGAAAGCAUGCCAGUGCAAUUGAACAAAGGCGAUAUAGUUACAGGAAGCGAUGCUCAGGUUUCUGUUCCUGUCCAGACUCUAACUGACCUCCAAGGGCAAAAUUCUAAAAACAUCAGUUCAUCUCCAAGCAUUGAGAGUUUGCCUGGAGGAAGAGAAUUCACUGGCUCCCCACCUUCAUCUGCUACUAAAAAAGAUUCCUUUUUUAGCAACAUCUCCCGGUCCCGCUCACACAGCAAAACUAUGGGCAGGAAAGAAUCUGAAGAAGAAUUAGAAGCCCAGAUUUCCUUCCUUCAAGGGCAGUUGAAUGACCUGGAUGCCAUGUGCAAAUACUGUGCAAAGGUGAUGGACACUCAUCUUGUAAAUAUUCAAGAUGUGAUAUUACAAGAAAAUUUGGAAAAAGAAGAUCAAAUUCUGGUUUCCCUGGCAGGAUUAAAACAGAUCAAAGACAUUCUAAAAGGUUCCCUGCGUUUCAACCAGAGCCAACUGGAAGCUGAAGAAAAUGAGCAGAUUACCAUCGCAGAUGACCACUACUGCUCCAGUGGCCAGGGCCAGAACGAACAAGUUCCUGGAUCCACCAAGCAGGCUUCUGCAGAAACUCCUGGGCUCCCCGACAGAGGGGGCUCUGAUGACUUCAUCCUGGUUUCAAAAGAAGAUGAGGGGGGCAGUGCCAAGGGGCACUUCUCAGGUCAGGCUCAGCCUCUUCACACCCUCAAAAGCACAUCUGGGAAAAGCCGGACCCUGGCCUGCUCUCCUCUGGUGUUCUCAGAUCCCCUGAUGGGCCCAGCCUCAGCAUCCUCCAGCAACCCCAGCUCCAGCCCUGAUGACGACAGCAGCAAGGACUCUGGCUUCACCAUCGUGAGCCCCCUGGACAUCUGACCACAGGGACCCAGUCUCCCCCUCAGGGGCCUCCCUAGGGGAGAUCCCUCUGAAACCAGUGCUGCUUCCCCAGCAUGCAUUUGGCAUUGGUACAGCCCAUUGGAACCCUUUAGAAAGAAGCAAAUACACCUAUGUUCACAAAAAUGCA